AUGAAGGUGUUCAGCUUCCCGUUUCUUUCUCCCAUCCUUUGUCACGGACUUCGCCACCCAGUACCACCGACUCUGAAACUGCUCUUCAGCGCAAACUUAACACUGGGCAUCCCCGUUGACGUCGGACUCACAACGUUUGGGGAGAAGUUGAUCGUGCCCAUCACCGACGGAGCAUUUUCAGGACCGGGACUUAAUGGCGAAGUUACCAUCGGUCUGGUUACGUCCCUGACGGGUUCCCAGGGCACACAGCGUGCCGACCUACCAAUAAUUCCUUAUGUGGAGAUCCUGUUUGAGACUGGCAGUAGCAAGUAUGGCUGGCUCAACAAUGUCACUGCAUGGGCAACUGGUACGGAAUCCGACGGCCUGCUUUCGUUGAACUUUUGGAAGGUAUCGGCGUAA